UUUAAGAUAGGAAAAUGUCAGAUAAUAUGUUCUCUCAACGGACGCGAUUGCGACAGUUUGAAUUAAUCGUGGAGAAGAAAAGUAUUUUCGUCAAUGCUCACUAUUUGGCGGAAUUGUCUCCUUAUUUCAAAAUGCUCUGUUUUGGAGAUAUGUUUCGGGAAGCACAGAAUGGUCGCGCUGAGAUAGAAGAUGAAGCAUACGACGAAGUUAUUGAACUACUUCGUUUUAUAUGUCCCAACGAUGAUUAUGUUAUCAAUAGAAAUAUCACGGAGAGAAAUUUCCCUCUGCUUACUCAUUUCUCAAAUCUAAUGCAGUUACGAGAUUUACGGUGUCAGCUUGAAAGUUACGUUGAAAAUGAAAUUUGUAUGGAGAAAUGUAAACCAAAGGAUGAGAAUUUACUGGAGAUGAUAAUUGAAGCAUUGAAUGCUUCUUUUCCAUCAGACCUCAUGGAUAUCAUGUAUAAGAAAUUGGCUCGAGUUGAUUUGGAUCAUAUUAAAGCACUUAUCAAAGAUCUUCCGGACCAUUAUUCGCAAGCAGUAUUAGAAGGUGCUCAAAAAUUUUUUCGUGUCUACCCUAUGCAGUUGCCGUAUCGAUCGUCUUACAAUUAUGAUCAAUUCCAGCUGGGAAUCUUUUACGAAAAUCUUCCCAAGCAGUGCAAAUAUAUUGAAAAGUUCUUUGCAUAA